CCUUCUACCUUCCGGUGUCACGCGACCGCCUCCUCCUCCCUCCCUUCUUGGUCUACCUUUGGGCUGGGCUGACUGGUGAUGAGAUACUUGGCAGCCAGCUGUGGAAGCGGCGACAGCUACAACUACGAUCAAGUCCACGAUCGUGACCAUGGCCGAGAAUAACGCUCAGAAUAAAGCCAAGCUAAUCUCUGAGACCCGGCGGAGAUUCGAAGCUGAGUAUGUGACAGAAAAGUCAGAAAAAUAUGAUCCACGUGAUGUUGAAAGGCUUCAGCAAGAUGAUAAUUGGGUUGAAAGUUACUUAGUUUGGAGACAUAAUGUUGUGGAUGAAACACUGAAGAUGCUUGAUGAGAGUUUUCAGUGGAGGAAAGAAUUUUCUGUCAAUGAUCUUAGUGAAUCCUCUAUUCCAAGAUGGUUAUUAGAACUUGGUGGUAUUUAUCUCCACGGUUAUGACAAAGAAGGUAACAAAUUAUUCUGGAUCAGAGUGAAGUAUCAUAUAAAAGACCAGAAAACCAUAAUGGACAAAAAGAAGCUCAUAGCGUUCUGGUUGGAACGAUACGCCAAGAGAGAAAAUGGGAAGCCUAUCACAGUGAUGUUUGACAUGUCAGAAACUGGACUCAAUAGCAUGGACAUGGAAUUUGUACGCUUUAUCAUCAGCUGCUUUAAGGUGUAUUACCCCAAAUACCUCUCAAAAAUAGUGAUCUUUGAUAUGCCUUGGAUAAUGAAUGCUGCUUUCAAAAUUGUGAAAAGCUGGCUUGGCCCCGAAGCAGUAAGUUUGUUGAAGUUUGCAAGUAAAAAUGAAAUCCAGGAGUAUGUCAGUGUGGAAUACCUGCCUCCUCACAUGGGUGGGACAGAUCCUUUCAAGUAUAGCUACCCACCACUGGUAGAUGAUGACUUCCAGACACCACUGUGUGAAAAUGGGCCGAUUGCCAGUGAGGAUGAAACCUCAAGUAAAGAGGAUAUAGAAGGUGAUGGUAAAGAAACCUUGGAGACAGUGUCUAACGAAGAACAACCAGUUCCCUCAGAAAAGAUCAGCCCAACUGAGUCUGCUUCCAAAGCAGAUGAAACCGAAAAAGUUGAUUCAAAGACUAAAACUUUUAAAAAGCCAUUGAGUGUUUUCAAAGGGCCCUUAUUGCACAUCAGCCCAGCCGAAGAAUUAUAUUUCGGAAGCAUGGAGUCUGGAGAGAAGAAAACUCUAAUAGUGUUGACAAAUGUCACGAAAAAUAUAGUGGCCUUUAAGGUGAGAACCACUGCUCCAGAGAAGUACAGAGUUAAGCCAAGCAACAGCAGCUGUGAUCCUGGAGCCUCAAUUGAUAUAAUUGUUUCUCCACAUGGAGGCUUAAGAGUCUCUGCCCAAGACCGGUUUCUGAUAAUGGCUGCAGAAAUGGAGCAAUCAUCUGGCACUGGGCCAGCAGAAUUGACCCAGUUCUGGAAAGAAGUUCCAAGAAGCAAAGUGAUGGAACAUAGGUUAAGGUGCCAUACUGUUGAGAGCAGCAAACCAAACACUCUCAUGCUGAAAGACGGUGCUUCUAACAUGUCAGAUAAAACCAGUGAAGAUCUCUAUCUACAGCUCAAUCGUUUACUAGAAAGCAAUAGGAAACUUGAAGACCAACUCCAGCGCUCUAUCUGGUUCCAACAGCUGCUGCUUGCCUUAACAAUGGUCUUGCUUGCUUUUGUUGUGUCUUUCUUUUAUUCAUUAUACAGUUAAAGAAGUGGUGCCUGGUCAGAAACCUAAGUCCUUCAGACAUUAUCUGGAGAAGGUAUACAGACCCCACUCAAACUUCUCCACCCCCUUCUAGAACUACUGUACAUCUGGGCUUCCUAAAAGGAAAUAUGUAGCAUAUAGGAGGGUACCUAGCUUGAAAAUCAGUUGUUUGAAUAGAGAAAUGUCCAAGGCAUUGAUUAUUAGAGACUAUAGCUAGUUAGGAAACUAAGUAAAGGCAUAUGCAUUAUGUAAAUUAAUAGCUUAGACGUAAUUUAUUUUUUUUCUUUUUGAUUUGAAUGCUUUCAAAGCAAAGUUGUAUCAUGUAAAUACAUGAGCUGAGCUGAAAAGUCUAAGUAACAUGCAUUGUUGUAGCCAAAAGAUGUAAUCUGCUUUUUUAAAAAAUAUAGAAUUACUAGCUGAGCUGACGUAAUCGCUUUUCUAUACUAUGUAUGUAAAAUAUGUAUAUUGAAGAGUAAACAUACUUAAACAGAGUAAUUUAUGUAAUCAUGACUUUGUAACUUGAGAACUCCUUCCAGAUGAUAGUCAAGAUUCUUUUUGGAAUGUAAAGCUAUUUAAUGGCAAACCACCUUAGCCUUUGUUUCUCAGCAUUGCUGAGCAGCCUGCCUCUUACUAAUCUGGGCUCUUUAGUGAACACUCUGGUUUUGACACAAUAUGGAAAGCUCCAUGUGGUUGAAUUUUUGUUGAUUUCUGGUAACAGUGCCCAGAAAGAAAGUCUCCAAAACAGCCCCCCUUUCUAGUCAAUUCUAUGCAGUUUCAUGCCGUUCACUCUGUUUGGACACUGAACCUUUUUGCCUGGUUUAGUGUAAGGGCCUACUCUUCCAUUGUUCCAUCUUCUUCUUCAUUCCAGGGCAAAGGAGUCUCCUCUGUGGACCACAGAUUAUGCCCUGUGCACCCUCAUUUUUAAAUGAAAGGCUUUAGGUAAUGUUGUUGAGAGUCUAGUUGUUUUAGCUGAUUGUUAGUAUAGCCAACCUUGCGUUCAAAAUGGUCCUUGUUAAAAUUGUUGGUGAGAAGGAAAACUUGAAAAGACUGGAGUAUCCAUGUGUGCAAAUAUAAAAGCAAAACAAAGAGGCUGAGAGGAUGGGAACCACUACUUCCAAUGGGCUCUCUGGACCACUUGUUACUCUGCCUUUGGUAUAUUCACACGGCUCCUAAAUUCCUCCAGGGAUACACCUUGCAGAAGCAGAAGCUAAUGAAAUUAGUUUGUGUUAUCAUCAACAUGACCAGUUUCAGUCACUUUAGGUUCAAAUGUAUAUCUACUUUUGAUUAAAGAAAAGUGGUCUGCCUAGCAAAUGAAUUUGCAGCCAUGUUUGGAGAUUUAUUGUUCUCAGGAGUAGAGUUGGGGGCUUUCAGCUUGAAGAAGUUGACUCCAAAACCGAGUUUUGAGGAGUGAUGUAACAGAGCUCCUUCAAAAGUCGGCUGAGGAAAUAAAACCUUAAAAGGACACUAGUGUAAUCCUUUGUCUUAAUUUGGGUUUUUCUGUUUCAGUUUGCCACCUCCAGAUGUGAAACAGACUGCAGUCCACACUAAGUACUGUGCACAGUAUCUAUGUCCCUGUGUGUUCACAGUGACUUCCCAAGUGGUAGAUUUGGGGCCUUAAUGUAAUCUCAUCCCAGAGUAUUUGUCUGUGCUUUUCAUUCCUCAUCAGAUAAAUGAAGAAUCAAUUAGCCAAGAUGAGGAAUAAAAUUGUCCUAACAGUGUCCCUUUAAUGUUUCAUAAGAAAAUGGUGUUGGCACACUAAAUACCCUUCCUUGCUUAAUGUCUGGUCAGUUGAAUUUAGUAACAUACCUUGUUAGCAUUCAUUGUAAUACAUUUCAUUGUAAUACAUGAAUGUAACACAUACAUCGUUACAUCACUCCUCAAAACUGUGGUGAAUGUGACUAAACAGAACUGCAGAAAAUUAACCAUAAUGUCAAAGGCGUCUAAACUUUUCUACUAAUCUUGAUUAAUCUAUAUAUUUGCAUUAUAUUUCGUUCUGUCUUCAUUUAAUUUAAUCACAUUUGCAUGAUUAUUUUUGGUAUUCUAAUCAGGAAUUUUAUCUCUAAUCAUGUCAUUGCCUUUUCAUGAUCAAAUUGCCAGGGAUUUUCAUUUUGAUUUUUGUUUUCACAUGGGAAUGGAAAUUAAUACAUUUUCCAUGAAAACAUUAAUAAAAAAUCAUUAGCUUGAUCUGCAAGUAGCCUAAAAUGCAAUUACUGGUAAACCUAGUCUCAAAUUUCAUAAAACCAUAACUUUUUAUAUCUUGCCACUAAUUUUGACUGGAUUUAAUAGCACUUUAUUGUAUAAUUAUAAAAAAUAUAUUCCUAGAAUUGUUGUUGCCAGUGUCAUUUCUCUAAUGUUCUGGUGCUUUUCAUAUAUUUUCAGUAUUUUUAUUACUAUAUUGGUAUUUUCUUUGUAUAAAUUGAUCAAAAGAACAUGUUUUCUAUUUUAAUAUGUUUUAGAAAAUAAU